UUGGUUUUGCGCAUGUCAAAUAGCAUUCCAGAGAGUUCGCAAUAGCGGCACAGACCAAAACACCUGAGAAAUAUCCGCUUAACAGCAGCAGUACGUGACAGCAGUGGUGUUUUGUGAUCUACAGAGGUUCUUCAUUUCGGGCGGCCUAACUAAGCCACAGUCAUGGUGUGCAUUCCCUGUAUUGUGAUUCCGGUCCUGUUGUGGGUCUACAAAAGGUUCCUGGAGCCGUUCAUCUAUCCUAUUAUUUCACCGUUUAUCAAUACAUUCUGGACCAAAAAAGCGGUCCAGGAGAGUGGCACUACUGACCAAAAAGUUAGCGAACAGAGUAAUGGGACUCACAAGCCUGAAAGCAACGGUGAGGUCACUGCCAAUGGAGCCACUAUAGCAGCAGAUAAGAAGACAGACUGACAGCUCUUAAUGUUUAUAAUGCAUCAAACACAUUGUAUAUAUGCUAUUAAUAUAAGAUAGAGAAAUGCUAAAUUAACUUAUCAUUCUUCCUUGAUUGGAGUGGUUUUUCAUGCCCUACCAUGUAAUGCAUAUCUUGUUUUUAAUUUGUUUCCAUUUAUAUUCCAGCUUCUUUAAUAAAUUGGUUACUGAUGA